UUUUACCUGUAGCGCUACUUAAAGGACAAAUAGGUCUUGUAUUUUGGGUGAUGAUUGCGAGAGAUAGUGAAGCAAAUUUUGCCAUUCCAACAUCGGCAUUCGAAAUAGCAGCUCUUGUGGGGUUGCCAGCGUCAAAUACAGCGCUGGCUCUUGCUUCCCAACAAGUGGCCCCCUACGUGGAACCUUCUGAUCGAGCCGGCUCCUUUUUAUCCUACGUGUACGCCAGCCUCCAAGCUCCAAACCGCGUCGCCGCAGGCUAGCAGCACGUGCUCUUUUCUUUUCCCCCUCCUCACACCGGAUUAACAAUUGCGAAAUCCCAGGUUUGACCUUUCCCCAGCCUUGUUAUCCCAUGGGCCCCACCGCCCCCCAUGUCCCCUUCCCCUUCUUCCUCACACACGCGGGGCACUGCCCCUCAACACGCCAUUUUGACCACGUGACCGAAAUCCUAAUCCUCCCCCCGCACCGCACCGCACCGCACCGGUGCCUAUAUUUAACGCGCGCUCGAACACUUCUCUCCCGGCAACCGCAAACGCAACCAAACCGCGCUCUCGAUCGGCUCUCCAGUCUCCCGCUCCCGCCGCGUCGAGGUCGAGCAACCGGACCUGCGCGGAGCACGGCGGCCGGAAAUGCAGAUGGACUCCUACAAUUACGCCAGCUUCUUCCACGACGAGGCUGCGUUCUACCCGCACGUCGCCGUGCCGCCCUCCUCCCCGGAGCUGCCCUUCGGCCUCAUUGCCUCGCCAGGGGAGAUGGAGCCGGAGCCACCGUUCGCGCCGCCGAUGCCGACCGCGUUCCAGGACUACGACUACCCCGGGGCCGCCGUGGGAGUCGGGGCGGGAGCGCCGUUCGGGGGCCCCAGCGUGCACAGGCAGGUGAUGGACGCGCUGGGCGGGGACGGACAGCGUGAGCAGAGCAUGGCAAUGGCAGAGGAUGGUGAGGAGGAGCAGGAGCAGGAGCCGCGGCGGCAGCGGCAGCGGCAGCAGCCGGCGGGCGCCGCCGCCGCCGCCGUGGAGAGCAGCCGCGGGUUCCGUCACAUGAUGCGGGAGCGGCAGCGGCGGGAGAAGCUGAGCCAGAGCUACGCCGACCUGCACGCGCUGGUGGCGUCCCGGUCCAGGGGCGACAAGAACUCCAUCGUGCAGGCGGCCGCCAUCUACAUCCACGAGCUGAGGGGCGCGCGGGAGCAGCUGCAGCGCCGGAACGAGGAGCUCAAGGCCCGCAUCCUGGGCCACGACGCCAGGCAGCAGUGCGUCAAGGUGCAGUUCGAGGUGGACGAGCCGGCGUCCGCCAUCGACUCCAUGAUCGGGGCGCUCAGGCGACUCAAGGGCAUGGACGUCAGGGCCAGGGGCAUCCGCUCUAACCUCUCCGGACGCAGGCUGUGCACGGAGAUGAAUGUCGAAACCACGAUUGCGGCCGGCGAGGUGGAAAAGGCCGUGGAGGAGGCUCUCAUGCAGGAAGUGGAGAGGAAGCAGCAGCAGCAGCUUGGGGCUGGGAGCGCCGCUGCCGCCCCUGGUUUUGCAGGCCCUCAGGCAUCAUCACACGUGCAAAACGUGUUCUGACACGCGAUCCUCCCUCAAGCCCAUAAAGAACAAACAUGAACUCCAAGCCUCAUUUAUUGAUUCUUUUUAAGAACCGGAUGUGCAAAAAAAAAUGAGCAUCCACGUCCCUGGCUCUAUUAAUUAAGUACAGAUCAGUGUUUUUUAGGAGUAUCACAGCCAGCCUCCAAGUGGCAUUUGUGAGCACGUGUAUGAAAUCGUAGGACUCGUUGUUACAACAGAGAAAAAAAAGAGACGUGCAGACAUGUGAUCAAAAAGCUCGAAAGGGGCUGGAGGAAGCGGGCGAGAAAUGAGGUCGAGGAGGGGCAGGGCACGUUCCCGUCCCGGUCGUGCGGCCGUGCCGUGUGGGCUCUGUGCUCUGUAGAUUCCGAGUCGCGGCGGCAAACCGGAACCAGAACCACCGGUGUGCUCUCCUUGGUUUCUACUCCAGCUGCUACAACUACAACUGGUGGUCUUGUCAAAAAAACUACAACUGGUGUGGCCUUUUUGUUUAUCGUGUGGCUGUAAACCGAAGCCAUCGGCAUCAGGGUCAGGGGGGGCACCAGCCUCGCCUGUCAGCGUCGUGCUUAGUUGACCGGAGCAGAUUUUUUUGGUUUGGGAUUAACCACUUCCUGGAAAUUUCACGUGAGUUAGCUGGUUAGAAUUGGGCUCUGAAUUGUGCGCUGCAGUGACGUACGUCGCUGACACUGAUAUGUACUUCUAUGUUAUUGUUAAUUAUAUCCCUCAAUGGAGCUCUAAUCAUCGUGUA